UCUCUUUAAAACUCUUUAGGCUGCUGUUAUGAAUCUUUUCAAAGAGAUCCUUCCUGGAGUCAGGGAAAUUCUCUCCAGUGCCACAACUUCUGAUGUCCAUGCAUUGCUCAGUUGCAUGUUGGAGAAAGAUGUUAUAUCCAAGGAAUACCAUCAGACCUUACUCCAGGAAAAAGACAGAGAAGACCUAGCAAGGAAGAUAUCUCUAACACUUGUGGAAAAAUGGGACUUGUGUUUGAACACCUUAGUUCCUCUCCGUUGUUUAAAACUGUACACUAAGAUGCCACAAGACAUCACAGAUAAUGAGUCAUCUCUGAACAGGGGUAUAGCUGCUAGCAAAAGACAAACCAUGGAUUCAGCAGUUUUGACUGAAAAUAGCUUUCUUGAUUUGCUGCACAGCAAUAUUGAUCCAUUGCAUCUAUACAGCCUCUUGGAUACAAGGUUAUCUGAUGAAGAUGAAGAAAGUGAACUUUCAACAGACCCUGAAAUUGAUACCAUCAACCAUGAUCAGUUCAGCAAUUUGGAUGUCUUUUAUACAAUGGAAAGCAAUGAAAGUGUGGAAGAAUCUCUCUUUUCAAAUACAGGGGAAGCUUAUUCUAGAAUAGCUGGAUUAGCAGAAUAUGUGCUCAAAGAUCAGCAGGAGAGACAGAUGGAAGACAUUUUUGGAAAACUCAUUUUGGAUGAAAUGUCCAAUGAAACUACAGAGGGUUUUACAGAGAUGAAGAAGCAAAAAUGUCAGAAACGAUCAUUUGUGAGCCCUGCAGAGAGUUACUCUGAUGCUUCCAAGCCCAAAAGCAGGAGAACGGAUGCAGCAACGAGGGUAAAGGAACGAGUAUGUACUGAAGGCAGCAGAGCUGUUGGGGAUGUAAGAGCUAGUUGCCAGAAAAGAGUGGAGUCCCCCGGGUCUACAGUGAAUGGCAGUUUUGUAGCGGUGCCUCUGAACAGCUCUCCAGCUAACUCCACCUCUUUGUCUCACCUGCACAUGCAGUUUUCUGUUACCAGUAUACAUCCGACUGGAAAAAAUGUUGUGAUGCCCGUGUCUUCUGGAAAUUCCAACCCCGACUGUCUGCUUGUUGGUGCUAAAGGGAUCCAAGUGAUAUCCAGCUUUGCAGUUCUUCCUCAGCAGAUAAUUAAUUUGCCUGUAGGGAAUGGUGCAUCCAAUAUUAUAAUAUAUCCAGUGUCCUCCUCCCCCACUGAAACAUUACAGAUAUCACCAGUUUUCCCCACAACUCUGGCUGCUCAAGUGGACUUGGCUGUCCAAAGCAUUUUGGGGCCUCCUGACAAAAACACCUCCAUUGGCCCAUUUGCUUAUAUGCCAGAGACUGCAGCUGUGACUGAUCUUACAGAUGAAGAAGAAAUGUCCAAUGAGAUAUCACAAAUUCCUGUUGUUCCUUCUGAACAAAUUCUCAAAAGACCAAAGCCAGUGGAAGCUUUCUGCACAUCACUUAAGGAUUAUUUCCAAGAUGUGUGCAAGUUCAUGGCCAUGGACCGUGAAGUAACCCUUGAUCACUUUUACAUUGAUGGGGCUCUCAUGCAAGGUCAAACUGAAACAAAGAGUGGGAAAAAUGUCAUCAAGGUGAUGGAGAAGGAGCUGGUAAUAUACAAUUUAGAAGAGAAGGAAAAAGCAGCUAUAGAAAGAAGCCAAAUAUUUCAAGUCCUAGGAGGGAAAGAACUAGAGACCAAAAUCAUUGUGGUGUUGGGAAAGGCAGGAAUGGGUAAAAGCAUUCUUGUUCAAAAGAUCUGCCAAGACUGGUCCAAUGGAAAGUUUUCUCAGUUUGAAUUUGUCUUUUGGUUUGAGUGUAGACGACUGAGCCUGCCUGAGAAGCAAUACAGCUUGAAGGACCUGCUUCUUGAGCUGUUUGUCAAACCUCGAGAGGGAAGCGACAAAGUCUUCGAGUACAUACUGCAAAAUCCCAAUAAAGUCCUCCUCAUCUUCGAUGGUUUUGAAGAGUUGCAGGAUCAUGAUGGCUUUACACAUUACUCAGACUGCCAGUCUUACAAGGAGCUGUACAGCAUCAGGGAGCUAUUUGCAGGGCUGUUCCAGAAGAAGAUACUCAGUGGCUGUACUUUAUUGCUAACAGCAAGACCCAAGGACAAAUUUAAUCAGUAUUUAUCCAAAGUGGACAAGAUUAUUGAAAUGAUAGGGUUCUCUCCACAGCAGGUAGAAUUAUACAUAGCCAGAUAUUUUGAAGGGCUACCAUACAGUGAUGACGCAGUGAAAUUAAUCACAGAUUGUCAAUAUCUGUUCAGUCACUGCUACAGCCCUGUCAUGUGUAGAUUCAUUUGUUUUCUCUGUGAAAUGAUGUUUGAAAUGGGAGACAAAGACCUGCCUCCAACACUUACCAGCCUCUUUGUAAAAUACCUUCAGCAAAAGCUGACACCCACACAAACAGAUGCGACAGCCGUAGGAAAUCAACAGCACAUUACCAGACUAGCUCAGCUAGCCUGGUGUCUUGGAGAAAAGAAUCAAAAUGCCCUGAAGAGCAGUCUUUUUCCCUCUAAAGAAGUUAAGGAGUUUGCUCUGAAAUAUGGCUUAGUACUGCCAUUUACAUUCCCAAAACAUUCGGGAAAUGGGGAGGAAGAAUUUGGGAGUGCGUUCUCAGACUUCGUUAUCCAAAAUUUUUUGAGUGCACUUCAUCUGUUGCUCGCAGAAGACAUCAAGGAUAAAAGCCUCACAAAGUAUCUUUCCCUACCAGCCAGGAAGAAAAAGCCUCAUAAUUGGUUAGAUCUGGUGCCUCGAUUCUUGCCUGGGUUAUUGUACCUCCAGCAUGAUCCGUACCUCUGCUCUCUUUCAGAUGAGCAUGUAAUGAAAAUCAUAACCAAGAAGCAGAAAACGCUCUUAAAAUAUAUUAAAAAAAUACAGAUAAGUGAUCUCUAUCCAGAAAAACUGCUUGAGCUGCUCCACUGUGUUUAUGAAACACAGGACAGCUAUCUUUUGCAGCAUGUGGCUUUAAGGCUGAAGGCUGAACUUUCUUUUCUGGGCACUCUUCUUACACCCCCUGAUGUCUAUGUGCUGCAUUUUAUUUUAAAAAGAUCCCCAAAGGAGUUUUCCUUGGAUUUGCGGAACAGCGGCAUUAACCUACAAGGGCUGAAACACCUGGUUGGACUAAAGAAUGUGACAUCAUUCAGGGCCUCCCUUAGUGAUACAGUCAGGCUGUGGGAGUCCUUAGAGCAAACAAAGGAAUAUGAGCUGCUGAAGAUUUCAGUUGAGAAAUUUGAUAUUGAUCCCUUUAAGGCAGAAACUAUGAAGGACAUCCGUGACCUUUCUGACCUUGUACGGAUACAAGAGAAAAUGGUCCACUGCAUGGAAGAGGCAUUUGGCUGCAAUAUUAAUGAAAUUCCUGCUAUCAAAAACCUCAGAAAACUAGAAUUUGCGCUGGGUCCAGCCUGCGGCCUUCAGGGAUUCUUAAAGCUUGUUGAAAUUCUUGCAGCGUUUCCAUCUCUUCAGCACUUAGACUUGGAUGCUCUGAGUGAAAAUGAAAUAGGAGACGUAGGAACAAAAAGUCUCUGUGAAGUAUUGUCGGCGCUGACUUCACUGGAAACGUUGAACUUAUCACAGAACAAGAUAACAGAUUUGGGUGCAGAGCAACUAGCUACUGCUCUUCCUUCCUUAUCCUCAUUAAAGACACUUAGUUUGUACAAUAACUACAUUUGUGAUGCUGGAGCGGAAAAUAUUGCAAAAAUACUUCCUGCAAUGGCAUCUUUAAGGGUGCUACAUGUUCAGUGUAACAAGAUAACUGAUGCCGGAGCCCAGAAGCUGACUGAUAGCCUCAGAAAAUGCCCCCACAUCAAGAGUGUGGCGAUGUGGAACCCUACUAUUCCCUAUGGAGUUCUUGAGCACCUUCAACAGCUAGAUUCUAGGAUCAGUUUGCUGUAGAACCAGCUGAUCCUGUGAAGGUAAUGUUAAGAAGAGGUGAAAUUAUUACUGAAUGUUCCCAUCUUGUUUGCUGCUUUAUGAAUGAGGAAAAAACCUAGCAACUACACUAGCUUUCCUGAAAGCUACAGAAUGGAAAAUUACAUUGGCGCUUCUGAGGACAGUUGAAAACAGCAGAGGUCCAAAUGCUCGUUCUGUAGUUAAGCAGGUCCAUUCAAAUGCUAUUCAAAUGGAUCGAUUCUGCUCCCCUUGAACAAGCCAUUAAGAGUUAUGUAGGAUGAAGCUUCACAGGUAUAAAGAAGAUCACGCUACAGAGGUCACCAUUAAAAAUAAACGGGGUGCUUCCAUUAUAUAAAACUGUAUAAUAACCACACUUCCCACUCAGCGUGAAGAAAUUAAGUCUAUGGGAACGGUGGCAUAUAGCUGUGGAUAAGAUGAUUCUUUUUGUGAUGCCCACUGUAUCUGAAACUGCAGAUGGCAUGGUGAGUUUGAACUAUCGAAGUCUAGUGGAGUUUUUCAUAUGCAAAUCUCCAUUGUAAGCAUUAGGGUUUAGAACAUUAGCAAGAUUGCUCAGCCUAAAGAUGGGAGCAUACUGACAUAGGGGCAUGAAAAUCCCGGCAUAUUUACCCAAUCCUCUGAAUUUACAGGUGGCACUUAUCAGCAUUUUUGUCAAAUGUUACACUAAUCACAUCUGCAGUGAUAAUGUUGCUUUCUUAUGGUGUUUCACCCAAAUCUGUUGUUUGCUUAUUGUUGAUGUAGAGUCCUUUAAAUAAGAUGACAAAGGAAAAAAUUACAGGGAAAGGUGAAAUUAAAGCUAGAAAAUGUGAAUGGUUUUUAACAAAAGAGCUUCACAGAAAUCCACAGCCAUUUAAAAGGGUUCAAUCUGCUGCACAGAAAUCCUGAAAAAUGACUGUGGAAAUAUGCAAUCAGAUUUUUAACUGCUCUUAAAUGAGAUCUGAAAACUGACGUAUCUGAAUGAAUGGAAAGUUUGUUUGAGCUGACUGUGGGAAGUUGUAGAAAAACCUGAGGGCCAUUAACACAAAAUACAUGUCAAAUUACACACAAUGCUUUUGUGAAGCAAAAGAUUUGAAAUUGAAAGUUUUGAUUUUGAAAAUGAA